AUGCUAACAUGUAUAAUCAUCAGAAAAUUUGUAUCAUUUCACAUUUCAUUAUUAAUGAUACCUCAAUCAGUACCAUGCAUGAUUACAGGUGUUAACCAUCUUCCUGUAACUCAAAAUCUAAAUCAGAAUGCUUUUAAUGCAUCUGCCAUGGAUAUUCUUACAAGAUUAAACAAUGGAGAAGAGGUAAGAGUUGCAAUUGAUUGCGAAGGUUUUCAAUUAGGUUAUCACUCACAUUCACUUGGAAUUCUACAAAUAGCUGAAUGCUUCAAGAGUGGAUUUCCUAGUUCAAACUCUUCACAUGUAUCAAUUGAGCUCCAGCAAGGAUUUUUAAUUAAAACUCCAUUCUCUCAGCAAACUACUACAUAUCUCUCAAACAUCUUAAGCCAUAAGAAUAUAAAGAUUAUUAUGUUUGGCUGUACGUGCGAUAUUCCAGCCAUUCUUGAAGAAGGUGUAAACUUAAAUAUCAAAGCAAUCAUUGAUGGACAAACUUACUCCAUUGAUAGACCAAAAAGUCUUAAGGACACAAUAGGCAUUGCUACAAAUUGCGUAGAAUACAAUAAUGCAUUAAGAUCAUUAGCAACAAAAGAUGAAAUCAAUUUUGACUUAUUCUACUAUCAAAACAAGGAUAAACCAGAUCCAUUUUCAAUUAUGCUCACGCAAAGAUUCUGGAAUUAUAGCGGAAAUGAUAUUGGAUUAACAGCAAUCGGCCUGAUGGGCGCUCUUAGAAUGACAAGUUUCGAAAACUUAAUAAGAUCUUCAAAUAUAAAAACCCAGAAAAUAUAUGAUCUAAUCCAGCGUCAUGGAUAUAUCGCUCCUGCUUGCGAAAACGGUUUCCAAUAUUCACCACCUUAUAUUAAUGGAAGGAUUCCAAACAUGGAAGUUGCCCUUAAACUUUAUGUAAGAUGUUGCUUAAUCGAAGAAAAUUUCAAUCUUUAUCAAUUAUUUGCACCAUGGGAUAAGAAGCUUUCUUUGAAUCAAAUUCGCCAAGGAAAAUCAAAAGCUCUAAAUUAUAUAAGAAAUCAGAGAUUUUACUAA